UCUUACUGCAGGGUGCUGGCUGUGCAGCAUAGAUGGAGAUUACAGGGAUAAGACUUUAAUGCCCUCAGACACCUUCCUGUGGUUACACCCCCACCUCCACCUCAGCCCCCUGGCGUCCCAUCCAUCACUCGCAUCCAUUCUCUCUCAGGACUCUAGACGUCAGCCGGCUGCCAUGAAGACUGCUUUGGCUCUGCUCGUGUUCAUCCCUCUGGCCUUCCACAGCCAUGCUCUUAAAUGUCACACAUGUGUGGCGUCCAGUGAGGACGACUGUAACAGACAGGGAUCAACCUCCUGUCCUCAGUACGCUGAUGCCUGCUCCACCAUCACAGGACCGAACACUGUGAUGAAGUCGUGCACGUACAAUGCCUUCUGCGACAAGGCUCGCAGCAGCAGCUCUGGAGCAAAGAUGGAGUGUUGCUUUGGUGAUGACUGCAACGGGCCACACCGGAGUCACAGCCACGGGGAUCACCACCGCAAUGGCGCAGGGGCUUUGGCCACCAGCCCAGUCAUGCUGAUCACAGCCCUGCUGCUGCGUGUGCUCUACAGUCAGCUCUAAACUCCCCCACUUCCCUCCCCUAUGGUGCUGCCUCCAUCCAAGAAUAAGAGGAGAUUUGAGUUGCAGAGCGUUUCUGGAUUGUUUGAAAAGGGGCUGAAAAUAGGAAGCAUGUCAUGAUUCUUGUGUCUGCGGUGCAUGAAAGGAGCGUGGUCUGUCCCACAAGUGAAGCUGCACCUCAGCAGCUUGUCUUUUGUAAUCACUGCAUAUGUAAGCAGUGUUUUAAUAGCAGCAUAAAUAGAUGACUCAACACGUGAACCUUGUAAUAUAUGCGGUGAAUUCAAGUGUGAAAAGUGAAGAACUCACAGUUAGGGUGUAGCCCGAGAUGCCGGGUGUGGUUUUGGUAGGUGCUACAGUGCAAAGCUUACUACACGCCAUGGAACCACGUCAUUCUUCUGUGUCAGUACCAUCUAACUGUUUUAUGCUUGCAGGCUUAUUUGAAUAAAAUGAACAGUCACUCCCUUA